CUAAAACGCUAAUGAGACAACUACUACGCGUUUGCAAUGACAAAAACUUUUCGCGACGAAGGAAACGAGGUUUGUAGUAGGCCCCCGCAUUGUGCACCGUCGGCGGACGUGCGCCAAUCCAAACCACCAGUAGUCCUAAACAAACAUUUUUAUCUGCCAAAGCCAAACACAGCCGGCGGCCUAAUCAUUUCCUUAGUUUCCGUUCCCAUAUACAGUCAGACCGCUCCAGUCUCACCAUACCCAAUUCGAAUCCACAGCUGCAGCGACCGAUCGCAAGGAAAGGAGAAAGAAAAACCCCGUCAUCGAUUUCAACUCUCCAUCGUUUCAGCAGUCAGUCAGUCGUCUACCAAGUCACGACGACGAUGGCGGCGGAGUCACCUUUCAGGCCGGAGAUACUCAAGGGGAAGGUGGCUCUGUUGACUGGAGGCGCCUCCGGGAUCGGCUACGGGAUAUCCCUCGAGCUCGGGAAACACGGCGCCUCCAUCGCCGUCAUGGGCCGCCGCAAACACAUCGUCGAUUCCGCAGUCUCGUCCCUCCGAUCCCUCGGCGUCCCCGCGACGGGGUUCGCCGGAGACGUUCGGAAUAGAGAAGACGCGGCCAGAGCAGUGGAAGGGACGGUGAAGCAUUUUGGGAGGCUUGAUAUCCUCGUGAACGCCGCAGCUGGGAAUUUCCUCACGCCGGCCGAGCAUCUCUCUCCUAAUGGCUUCAAAACAGUGAUGGACAUCGACGCCGUCGGGACAUUCACAAUGUGUCACGAAGCAGUGAAAUAUCUGAAGAAAGGAGGAGAAGGGAAAGACCCUUCGCACGUUGGUGGCACCAUAAUCAACAUUAGCGCAACUCUACAUUACACUGCAACUUGGUACCAAAUCCAUGUCUCUGCUGCCAAGGCAGCAGUGGACAGCGUAACACGCAGCCUGGCGCUGGAGUGGGGAACAGACUACGACAUAAGAGUGAACGGGAUCGCUCCAGGUCCGAUUCAGGACACUGCUGGUGUUAGCAAGCUGGUGCUGCCCAACAUAACCAAAGAGAACGACCCGCUGUUCCGGCUGGGGGAUAAAUGGGACAUCGCCAUGGCAGUGCUCUACCUAGCAUCUGAUGCAGGGAAAUUCGUGAACGGGACGACUAUGGUGGUGGACGGAGGGCAGUGGCUGAGCAAACCCAGGAGAUUGGGGAAGGAGCAUGUGAAGCAGCUGUCGAAAGUUGUUGAGAAGAGGUCAAGAGAGUUACCAGUUGGCGUCCCAAAGAGCAACCUGUGAGAAACAUCAUCAUCGUCUCGUCCUUUCUUCUCUACUGGCGUUUUCCGAAGAAAAGGAAUAGAUACAAAGAAUGGCACAUCACCAUCCUCAUGAUUCCUGAUUAUUGUUGCCAUCUUCCACAGAAACGGACUACCGUUUUUCUUUUGUCUUGAUUACUGUUUUUAAUAAGGUCUUUGUUUAGAUGAAUAUCAUCCUAUGGAUGCUACUAGUCCUAUUUUCCAUCGCCUCAUCAACACAAGGAACUGGAACUAACAUUCAAUCUGAUAGGUGAAGAUGAAACUAUCAACCACAUGGAACUCAAUCAAAUCCACCUGGAGUUAGUGAGAAGAGCUGAGGUUGAAGGAUUUGGCAAAUUCGAGACGAAAACCAACUAGUGACAAACCUCUACACAGCUAUAUACUGUAUUCGGCCAGAUGAUCUGCACCGAUCCGAUGCAUUCACUAAUCAAAACCUGCUGUUAAUGCAGUUACCAUAUAUGUAUAUCAAGGGAUCGAAUAACAAUUUGGCAAGCUAGCUAGAAAAAGCAAAAACCAUUCCUUAACGCAAUUGCAGGAAAAUAUGCAUUAACUGACAUCAAGAACAGCAGGCAACUACUUGCAACUCAUAAUACUAGUGCUAUUCAUUAAGCAUCAAACAACAACAACACAAAUGCUUUCUUAACAUUGGUGGGCACAUCAAAGGAUGAUACAAAGAUUACUUAAAACCCAGUUCUUACUGCAAAAUGUACGAUUUCCCCCACUUUUCUUAACCUCUUCCGUGUUCACAAAGAAAGCAAUAACUUCCCAGGUAUUCUAUUCACCAGUUACUACAUACAUAAGAGCCUUGAAACGGAGAUGACAGUUUCUUGUUGUCUACCUGUUUGUCAAUUACAUUGGCCACCCGCCCGCAUCAAGCAUCCAAGUUCUCCAGCUGAAUGCUGCUCUUGAGAGGCACGUACUCUCCGAGGUACCCGCCGAGCUGAUCAUGCAAAGCCAUCUUGUCGAUCCCCUGGUGAUGGUAGCUCUUGCAGACAUAGUAGAACACACUCUGGACCAGCAAACCCACCAGAUUCACGAUCACCAAAA